ACGCCAUUUUAUGCACAAAUUACCUAUAUAACUAACCCUUCUUCCAUCUGCGAUUCCUUUAAAACGUAUAAUGGAAUCAAAAUAUUAAUACUCGUGAAGUCUUCUCCAGAAAAUUUUCAUUUCCGAAAAUGGGUACGUUUUAAAAUUCAGAACUACAAAGACUUAAGAGAUUCGGUAAAGACGGUGUUUCUGCUUGGUCAAUCUGUUACCAGAGAUAAGGACGUUCUUAAAGAGAGCAAAAUAUACGGAGACAUCAUCCAGGGAAGUUUUGUGGAUGCCUACAGAAACCUGACUUAUAAAACAAUCAUGGGGUACAGAUGGAUGAGCAAGUACUGUGAGGACUCGGAGUUUAUUGUGUGCAAAGACGAUGACUUCAAGAUUAAUAUUGUUAACAUUGUAAAGCAGAUAAAAGCCCAUAAAGAGCCAAAGACCAUGUUCAUUGGUCGCCUAGUCGAAAAAGGAAAUACAAUAUAUCGUGAUCCGAAUCAUAAAUGGUAUCUCUCAAAGGAAGAUUUCCCUGAAAAUGUUCUUCCACCUUAUUUUCCAGGAGGUGCUUAUAUAGUAAGCGCAACCAUUGCCAAAAAAUUGGUUUCAAAUUUUCAUUUAGUGAAAUGGCUACCAAUUGACGAUGUUUACAUAGGACUUGUUGCUCAAAAAUCAAACAUUACAUUAACACAUUCAAAGCUAUUUGAGUUCAAUAACUGUGACAGGUUCCAUGAAAAUUUAGCCUGCAGAGAGUUCACCAGACCCCAAGAGUUAUUACAGGCAUGGAAGUACGUGGUUCUUGAUGACCUUGAAAAAUCAAGAGCAAGUGGUUCAAACAGUAUCUAUUACAUAACCUAUAGCUUGUUCUUGAGCAAUAUUAUUACGAUUCUACGUGGUUGGUGAUUUCGUGAGCAAUAAAAGCAGAAUCAAACGAAGUCUUUUUCUUCAGAAUGCAUA